GGAUGAUGGAUAUGUCCAAAAACUUAUCAGUUGGAGUCAGAUAUUAACUAAUAGUAUCUCUGAAAUGGAAAUGGUGUUUAAUGCAAAAAGGAUAAAGUUAAAUCAGUUUUCAGCGGCUCAUAAUGUAAAAUACUUUCGAGUACUAGCAAAGGUGUUAUCUAUUGAUUCUUCUAUGCCUAUUUGGUAUGAAUCAUGUGCUCAACACUUAAGGAGAGCUGAUAUGUGCGUGGAGUGUGACCCCUCUUUUAGUAGGCCAAGAUAUAGAAUCAAUAUAAAAAUUGGUGACGCUACAAAUACAAUGUCUGUUACACUCUUUGGCCAAUAUGCUGAGAUGAUUAUCGGUUGUCCAAUAUCAAGUAUUCAAGCGAUGACAGAUAAUGAAUUUGGAGACUACUUUCUAGAGGAGUAUCUGAGUGAACGAUUGAUGAAUACAUUCACUUUCAUACUACAUGUUCCUGAGAUAGGAAAUGAUGAUAUCAUAGUUGCAUCUGUUUUACAAGUAAGAUGGGAGGAAGAAUUCUAUUAUCUGACACGAGAGAUGCGUGGACAAUCUAAUUGAAGACUUAGAUUCAUUUAGCAUAAUAUUUCAAGACUUUAAUUAUAUAUAUAUAUAUUUUUAUAUGAA